CACGAAGAAAUUGUUUAGCAUAGUGCAGGCGGAGAUGUUCUCAAAAAUGAAUUGAAAUUAAGCAAAUAUCUAACCGAAGAAACAUCUUACUUGCACAACAUUGUUGAAGUUCAAGUGUUUUGGAUACACAAAUCUAAUACGAUCGGUUUUAGAGAGAUAUGUCAGUUAACUUUGAGGAGAAGAGUGGUCCUGUCCCCUGCAAAACACCAUGGGGAUCAUGGUACCAAACGAUGGAAGAGGUUUUUGUCGAAGUGAAUGUCCCUACUGGAACGUCAGCUAAAGAAGUUAAAUGUUCCCUCGGUAGUAGGCAGGUAGAACUCCAGGUCAAAGGCCAGGAAGUCUUCAAGGGGCAAUUAUUUGGUACGACAGUUGCGGAUGAAACGACGUGGACGUUGGAGGACAAGUGCUUGAUUCGAAUCGUGCUGAUGAAGACGAAUCGGGAGGCUGGAAAUUGCUGGACUUCGCUUCUAGAGGGGCAGUACUGCGCGGAUCCGUGGGUACAGGAUCAGAUGCAGAAAAAGCUUACGCUGGAGCGGUUCCAGAGAGAGAACCCUGGAUUUGACUUCAGUGGCGCAGAAAUUUCUGGAAAUUUUGCAGGUGGAGGACCAGAUUUCUCAGACCUUCAAAAGUAAAAAAAAAAUCACCUAGGUCUAGAAAGAGACUGGUAAAAAUGUUGUUGCCUUUGGAAUUAUUGUACACGUACAAGACAGAAUGGGAACCCUGAAAGCCUUUGCCGAUUCUAUUCCGCCAGGCUGACAUCAGUCAUAAUCUGAGGUCAGGUCACAAAAAUGAUCUGUCAACUAUGGGUUUGACUAUGUCGAGCACUUUUGUUGAGACGACUGUAUGUAUGCAGUUUUAUACAGAUUUGUAAUAAAAAAAUAAGUUUGACACAGACACCACACUGCUCCAUUUCAAUAACACUUUAUUGAAAGGUCCACUUUAAGUUCCUUUAGAUGGUAAUGAAUGAGGCCAUAUUCCCUCAAGAAUGGAAGAUUCAUAUGGGUCAAGGAGAUUUUUUUCCCCUGACAAUGAUCUCUGGGAAACUCCAUUAAAAUGCUUUAAUUCACUCAAGCUAGUUAAUCUUCCUUCAUUCAACCAUUUUAUUACUUGCAAAUCCAGAAACACUUGAUAACACCAAUCAUACUCUGAAUUCCAAAACCCUGGUUAGUACCUGCAACUAACUAAAGUAUGUGAUCCAUCAAAGUUUAAAAAAAAAAAAAAAAAAAAAAAAAGGAAAAGAAAAACCCACA